GACGUCGCGCGCAGACAGACUGAGCGCGUGCGGGGUCACUGGCUGUAGUGGCAGAGCCAGUACAUCCAGCGUUGGUCUGAAUAUUUCAGGGUGAGGGAGCGCAUCGGAGCUAAGUGAGAGAUUAAAAUAAACUUUUAGAGAAACGAGUCGGAGUCUGAGUGAAAGACCAGCUGUUCGGGUGAAUCCAGAGAUUGGGUUGUUGCAAAGGGAUAAAGUGUGUGGAGCGGAACGGCGGGGAGGAUCUGUGGCUUAAGCCAUCGGAGGAGGAGAUGCGUUCCUCAUUCUGAGGAGGAGGAGGAGGAGGGGCAGAGGAGAGGAGAGAGGGAGGGAGAGGUGAGUGGAGCGGAGCAUGCACGUCGCACUAUCAACUGAAUCCAUCUUGGAAAACAACUCGCUGGGAGUCCGGCGGUGAGCUGCGCGGACAGGGACGGCACCGACUCAGCCCCGGACACCAGAGCGCAUCGGGCGGACGCAGCCGGCCGUCAUGGCCCGAGCUCGGAUUGGAUCGGGCGUUCUCGCUACACGGGCAGAGUUCCGGAGAGGAGAAGCGCCCGCUUCCUUCGCUCCGUGCGCACCGCAGACUGUGUUGGGUUAAAGCGGAGGAGCUCCAUGUGAAGGACCGGGGAGCUGGAAGCCUCAAACACUCGGUCCCUCUCUCAUACACACGCACGCACACACACACAUACACACACACAUGGAUAAAGGAGUAAAACAGGACCAUUGGUGGAUUGUGUUCGGAGCCGACUGAAGAGACCUUUACGCACGACCAUCCAGCAGGACGGAGGCGCGGAGGACGGAAGGGAAAAGUUCAACGAGGUUGCGGGGAUUAAGAUGGAUGCGGGAUCGCUAAAGGUACAGUCCAGGUCUCUGGAUCCAAAUGUCACCCCCCCUCCCCGGGCUCUGCGGUGGUCGGGGACCAGCAGCGUGUGACGGACAGGCGAGCAAGGCCUGUGGCUGCUUUCUACUGAGUGUCUUCAAAUUGGACCUGGCUAAACGCUGCAUGGAGCACCGAGUGAAGGGUCUUGCUGUGGUUUGAUGUCUCGGCGUGGAUGGAGUCAGUCAGAGGGCCGGCCGCCACAAAUGAGAGCGUUUACAGGAUUACGCCCUUUGUUUCCUGCUCUCCUACCAAAUAACUGAUCACCAGACUCUCCUAGCUGGACCUUUUUGUGGGUCUGUUUUUUGCUGGAUACACACAUCAUUGCCCUUUUGAUUUUAUUUUCCUUUUUUAUUGUUGGUUUUCCUUUUCCACUUUCUGUUUUUCCACUAUGGAGUUUCUGGCUGGAUCGUGGAAUAAAGAUUGGGCUUCGUUCCUGCAGUUUUGGUUGACUGUCAUCCUAAGCCUCCAAAUGCAGUUCAGCCCUGUUGCCUCCUGCCCGGUAGAAUGUCGUUGUGACAAAACCUUUGUGUAUUGUAACGAACGCAGCCUGACGUCAGUGCCUCUGGGGAUCGGGGAGGGCUACAAGGUCCUCUACCUACACAACAACCAGAUCAUCAAUGCUGGCUUCCCUAUGGAACUUCACAACCUGGCCUCCGUGGAGACGGUGUAUCUCUAUGGCAACCAACUAGAUGAAUUUCCCAUCAAUCUCCCCAAAAACACCAGGGUCCUGCAUCUACAGGAAAACAACAUUCAAACAAUUUCCCGAGGUGCCCUAGCUCAGUUGACUAAUCUAGAGGAGCUGCAUCUUGAUGAUAACUCCAUCUCCACAGUGGGGGUGGAGGAAGGGGCUUUUAGGGAGGCCCUGAGCCUCAAACUUCUAUUCCUCACUAAGAACCACUUGAGUAGUGUUCCUAUUGGCCUUCCUGAGGACUUGAAGGAGCUGCGGUUGGAUGAGAACCGCAUAGCUGUUAUUGCGGAGGAGGCCUUUCAGAAUGUGACCCGCCUGCAGCGCCUCCUUCUGGAUGGGAACCUACUGACGGACGAGGGCAUUGCCCCAGGAACUUUCCAGGAUCUUUCUGCUCUACGUGAGCUAGCCCUGGCCAGAAACUCUCUCACCUUUCCUCCACCCCUCCUACCGAGCCAGUCACUGGUCAAACUGAGUCUGCAGGAGAACCAGAUUGAUCAGAUCCCUGUAGCGGCAUUUGCUGACUUAAACAGGCUGGAAAAGCUGGAUAUCUCCUUCAACCAGCUUCAGACACUCACACAGGGUGUGUUUGAUGGCCUGUCGAGCCUGAAGCACCUGAUGGUGCGAAACAACCCUUGGCGCUGUGAUUGUGCUGUGAAGUGGGUGGUGGUGUGGCUGAAGUCGUUGCCUUCCUCCAUCAACGCUCGAGGGUUUGUGUGCUCCAGUCCAGAGAAGGUGCGUGGCAUGACAAUCAGAGAGCUCACGCUAGAUAAUAUUGAAUGCCCAAUUAAUCCCGACCAGCCAGCCUGGCCCACCCUCCGCUCCACUCCCCCUCCCCCGCCGACCACCACCUCUGUGUUGACCAUCAUCUCUAACCUCAUCACCACGUCUACCCCUUACUCCUUUGACUCUCCCUCCCCUCCUUUACCUCCGAUCUAUAAUAAUCCUCCCGGGCCCCUCCCCCCCUACGAGGACCCGCUCCAGAUCUCCUUCCACGUUGUCAACUCUACGAACAUUGAUGUGAGCUGGGUGUCUUAUUUCACUGUAAUGGCCUACAAAGUCACUUGGGUCAAAAGGGGCCAAAGCCAAAUAAACGAGGGGAUGCAGGAGAGGACGGUAACCGGGGAACGGCGACACAUCAGCCUCGCCAACCUUGAGCCACGCUCAAUUUAUCGCAUCUGUGUUCACGUUCUGGACACGCUGAACUCCUACAGGCCUGGGGAGGAUACUAUAUGCUCUGAGGCCCGGACCAAGCCUCCCCCUUCCACUAAGCCUCCUGGCAGGGAGCAAGCCCCUCAGGACAGCAUCAACUCCACGCUGCUCAUGGCCGGGAUCAUAGGCGGGGCUAUUUUUAUCAUCCUGGUGACGUUGCUGGGGAUCUUCUGCUGGCACAUGCACAAGAAGAACCGCUCGUCUUCGACCAAGUGGAAAUACAACCGCGGUAGGAGAAAAGACGACUACUGCGAGGCGGGAACCAAGAAGGAUAACUCCAUUCUGGAGAUGACUGAGACCAGUUUCCAGAUAGUUGCUCUGAACAAUGAGCAGCUGUUGAAAGGAGAUUUCCAUAUUCAACCCAUUUACACACCCAACGGGGGCAUUGGGUUCAGAGACUGUCACCUCAGCAACAACAGCAUAGCAUACUGCAAGAGCAGCAAUGUGCCCAGCACAGAGUUCUGCCAUACGUGAUGCAGCGCUCUGCUCCAACAGACUCCAGGAACAGUCGGAUAAACACACACACACACACACACACACACACACACACACACACACACACACACACACACACACACACACAGAGUUUGUGUAAAAGAACACAAAAAUCUUGUGAGAUAUAACUGUACCAUAUAUAUUUCCAAGUUGUGUCUACUAUGUAAUUUAUACUGUGGAUAAUAAUGUGGAAUUCUCUGCUAUCUUUUUUAUCUUCAGAGGGAUUCAAGUGUUUCUUUUCUAUAACCAGCAGGGUUUAAUGGGUCAGUACUGUAUGCCAUCAAGGAUCCGUACAAUCACCCUGGGUGGAGGUCGGGACACACACACACACACACACACACACACACACACGGUCAGCCUCGGAAAGGCUCGGGGCGCUUUAGAGGGCUGGGAUCCUUUGCUAACCACAGAAACAAAAUAUGGCAUUUUCUGGUUUUGUACCCUUCCCCUCGCAACCUUCCAGAAAAAUGCAUCACUGGGGGGAAUCCAAACGCCACUGGUGUUGUACAGGAAAUCAAAGUGCACUUUCUUACUGAUGGUAGUUGGACAGGAAGUGAGUGAAGGAAUAGUGUUGGUUGAAAACCUUGAGCAGAGAUUUCCCAAAAGUGCCAUUUCACUAAAAGCAUCUCUGUUGUGAAGGCGACCCCCGGAAGAAGUUUGGGCUUUUUCUCAGCAGAAAUCAUUAAAAUCAACUUAAAAGCAACAAUGAAUUCCUGUUUAUAGUGAGAUGCACUGAGGUUUGACGGCCCCUGUGAGGACAUCAUGUAGUUUCCUGUGUUUCUUUCUGACUUUGGCCACAAGAGGGCAGCGUUUCCUUCAGCGGUGUGUGUGGGACAGAGGGUGGUAGGAUCCGUUUACCUCCACCAUUCCCUUAGAGCCCAUUACUCAGACUCAAACAGCAUUGUGCUCAUCGAGCUACUUAAUGACAUAAAAGCGUUUAAGACUAACAAUGUUUUCAGUGUUUGUUGCGUAAAUUAUGUGGAUUUGGCCUGAAGAUUCCUCUCUGAGUGAAUGUUUGAGUUUGAGGAAAUAGCAUGAUGACGUUUGAGACGGCUCACACAUAGCGCUAAUUAUACCCCCACAUGUUUCAUCUCUGUCCCGGUGUUCAUCAGCCCUGGUGAUAAAUGACUGAAUUAUGUGGAGAUUUCACCCCCCUGUGAUCAUAAACGCUGCCUCGUCCUCAUCCAUCUUUUUAUGAGACACUUUCAUUCAUUUAUGGUUUGCUCAUUUCCAACAACGCACCUGCUCACUUCAAAGUAGCUGUAGCUGCAAGGCUGAUCCACGCUCCGUCCCGUUUUCUAUUUCUGUCCGUUCCUGAAUCCACGCUCUGGUCCUUGCAUGGGCUCAAUUAAAACUGUCUCCCUGCCCUUCAGCAGGCGGGCUGUGCUGGCAGCUCUUCACAUGAGAGAGCUCUCCAUUAGGCUCUUCUUAAGACUUCAUUUGAUAUGACAAGGUCUGGUUUUCAGGAGCCAAGUUUAAAGACAACCCCCCCCCCCACACACACACACACACACACACACAUAAUCCCCAACCCAAAAAGGCAGAAAAAUAAGAAGUUACUUUCACGUGGCCGCACCAGGCUCACGAUGGAGGUUAAGACACCGUACGGAGUAGGUGGAACGUUUAAAGCAGAAUCCAUUUCAAAGGCUCGUAAUCCAGUUGCUCCAGAUUGUUGAGAUUAUCUCAGAGAGAAUUUACCUCAAUAAAUGAGUUGUGCUAAUCAGAAUUCACACACUUCCCACACCCUCGACCUGAGCUAGAAAAACUAAUUUGAUGUCAUAGUAUUCCAUAAAAUUUAAUAACUGUUUUUAAGCGUAGAAGAGCAAUGUGAAUGUUUUUACAGAACAAGAAGCUCAAAAAUCUAAAAGGUUAGCUGAAAUGCUGACAAGCUAAAAAUGUUCAUAGCCUAGCGAACCUUGAGGCUUGACAAACGAAGCAGACUCAGAUUUGUCAAUUUAAAAAUAAGCAAUUAAACCUCAAAAUGUCUUUAGCGUGCUGGGUCAUUUAAACACAUAAUUUUGUGUUAAUUUAAGCAUUUUAAGCUUUAAGGUUACCCACAUUUGGCCUUUUAGACACAGAAAUACUUUCAUUAUUAUUUCCCUUAAAUAGUUUUUUUGUGCCACAUUUUUUGCUUUGCGUGGAUUAAAAGGAUGAUUUUGCUACCUUGGGCUGUUUGAUAGUUAACUAACAUCUGUCUGCUAAAAAAAAAACUAGCUCAACAAACCUUCAGGGCUGAAAACAAAGGGCUAGACUUGCUUCUUUGAGUAAACCUGUAAAGAUUUUUUCCAAACUCCAAAUGUGUUAGUGUAUAUUUCAUUGUUAGACAAAAAUAUCUAUGAUUGGCUGAUUUUGGUUUUUCUGAAGCUAAGCUAAUACGUAGCUUCUGAAUCAGAGUCGUUACAAACGCCACAACAGCCAGAAUGUAGACUUCAUACGGGGAUUCAUGACGUUUCCCGGAGCAAAGCCCCCUGGCUUUAAAACCACUUCUGUUUCAUUGCUUUAUUAAACAUUUAGACUUACACACUUUAAGUAAAACAUGGAUGAAAAGAAUGUUCUUUGGAAUCUACCUCUUGCUUUGAGCUGAUAUUUAUUGAGGAGACUGACACCACUCUAUGCUAAAACAAUCUGGUGUACUUUGAAGGUUUAAAACAUUCAAAAAGUUGGACUUUGUUAGCACAUUGGCACAUUUAUGCACUUUUUAAUUAAAUCUAAUCAGCUUUAGUAUAUGAUUUGUCUUUAUACCUAUUAGCAAUUUCAUCUGUUUAUUAUUAUUUGGCUUACAGUAGGAUUUUUAAUGUUAAUUAUUUGCUCUAAGUGAAUAAAAAAAUUAGUCUGACAUUAUAAUUGAUAAUAAGCUGAUAUGUUAAAUAAAUCUACCUUUAAAGUGUCACAAAUGUGUCAGCACACUCAGAUACAGUUACACUGAAUUUUGUGCUUUUGUUUAACUGAAGGUUUUAUUUAAUGUGAACACCUUACUUUAUGUAGAUGAACACAUGAGUCAAAUCCACUAAAGUCUACCUUUUUGUCACGCAGAUUAAUUUAAGAUAAUUGAUUGAUGGAGAUUUAAAAGCACCAGCAGCAUAUCUGGACCGAGCUAGCAUUGCUUUGCUAUUUUCUGCAUUUUCAUAAUGAGCUAACCAUUUGGAGCAUCAUAUUGGUCGUCUAAACACAUUUCUUUAGUGUUUGAUGUAGCAGUCUUAAACGGGCUAGGAUCCCUGCAUGAGUUGUGAAUCUCUAUACGUUUGGAGUUUUGAGAUCAAAUCCAGAAACUUAAUAAAAGCAGAGAAUAAUUCAUAUCCAUCUUAACUGGUGUUUAAAUCAUUAAAAUCAUUGUUAUAUAAUUAUAUAAAGUUUCUGUUUGCCUUUUCCAGAAAUAACAUAAUCAACCAGUGAUUCGGGGGUCAAAGCAGACAGUUCAGUUACAAAAACAGAUGAAAGUAAUUUUUGAUCAAAACCACCAAACUUCAUGCAUUUUUUAUACUUAUUUGCAAAGAUGAAGUUAUCUGGUUUUGCAACUGAAGUCUUCAUUUGUCAAAGGUUUAUUUCUGUGGUUAUCAAAGUAUCUUUGAUUUUUCUAAUCUCUUUACAUUUUCUAUCAAUACCCACAUAUCAGCACACAAUGUCCACCAUUAAACACCAGGAUGCCCCUGAUCAGCAUCCCACGCAGCAGCGUACCACAAGCUAGUGUUUAUACCAACCAAGCAGGAGCCACACGCUGGCCAGGCCUGCUAGUGAACGUGGAACGGAGAUCUGCCUUAUGAACAGGACUGAAUGAUUAGCUAGAGAGGGAUGGGAGAGUUUAGUGGGAGGAAGAACAGAGGAGACUGCAAAGCACAUUUCUUCAAUGCCAACACAACGCGUGACACACUGCAGCUAACGAGAGAGAGCGUGCAUCUGUUGUGCCAGGAAUUCAACGGAACAUGCCGAAUGGUUCCCACAGACUGGGAAAGGUUGCUUUGCUGCUUGUAUUAUUUCUGAUUUGCUUUAACAAAUGUGGGUGUAGCGCCGUGACCAAUGGGAUAACACAAAGGACUUGCCAGUGUGGUUUUCUAUUUAACGUCAGCGUGGCGGGAAGCUCGUUGGCUCACGCUCAAGUGAAGUCCAUCCAAAAACCACGACGCUCUAAGUUUAUGUUACCUUCUCUGCGUUAGCACACAUUCAUGAUAGCACCUACUGUAUUUAGCUUCACAGCCUCUGACGGUUCCUUUGUUGCUUCCCGUUUCUGUUUUAGAGCAGAGGUGGUGGAGGUGAAGCCGCCGAACACAAAGUUCUUCAUGUGGCUUAGAGGAAGAAGGCUGGAAUUUCAUGGUGCAUGGAAAAUGGCUAGGCUGGAAAACCGGCUUCUCAUUUAGACGCUGCAGUGUUACAUUAGCCAUCACACACACACACACACACACACACACACACACACACACACACACACACACACACACACACACACACACACACACACACACCACACACCACACACACACACACACACACACACACCGAGACUUUUUCUUAGGAACCAAAGUUAACUUUUCUGUUCUCAUGAUGAAUUAUUGAUGUUGUUCCAUGUAUGUGCCUUGAGGUUGAACUUACAAUGUAAAGUCCUUGAAACCUUUAAAUGUUUUUGCACAAACUGUAAAUACUUAAGUGAAGCUUUUUGAAAAUAAAAGAGCCAUUUGAUUUGA